GCCCGCAGUUCGUGACCUCAUCCGAGAGUACCACGACGUUUUUCGAUGGUCGUUCUCGUACGCCGGCAUCCCACCGAUGCGUGACGUCGAGCACUCCAUUCAGCUCGUGCCUGACUAUCGUGUUCACCACCAGGCACCCUACAGACUCUCGAUCCCCGAGGCCACCGAAAUCAAGCGUCAGCUUGAGGAGCUCCUGAGACUGGGUUUCAUUAAACCCAGCAACUCCCCGUGGGGUGCACCUGUCCUCUUUGCUCGCAAAGCGGAUGGAACUCUUCGUCUCUGCAUCGACUACCGCAGCCUUAACUGCUUCACGGUUAAGAACAGCUACCCCAUGCCUCGUUCCGAUGAGUUGUUCGACCACCUUGCAGGCAACCGCUUCUUUACGAAGAUUGAUCUUCGUAGCGGUUACCAUCAGAUCCGCGUCGCUGCAGCCGACCAGCCGAAGACCGCGUUCCGAUCGCGAUUCGGCCACUACGAGUUCACGGUGAUGCCAUUCGGCCUCACCAACGCACCCGCUACCUUUCAGAGGGCGAUGAAUGACAUCUUCAGGGACAUCCUGGAGCAGUACGUUCUCGUAUCUCUCGACGAUAUCCCGGUCUAUAGUGAUUGUCCGAUAACCUUCUACUCCCGUCAGCUCCUGCCCGCUGAGAUAAACUACACUGCUGAUGAACGUGAGGUUCUCGCGGUAGUUUAUGCCGCUCGGCACUGGCGUCACUACCUGCACGGGGCACCAUUCACGGUGCGCACGGACAACUCUGUUGUCCAGGCUUUUCUGACAAAGCCAAAGCUCACUCCUCGACAGGCUCGCUGGUGGCGCGACCUAUCCGAGUUUAGUUUCACCACUGAGCACAUCAAGGGUGAGACUAAUCGGGUCGCCGAUGUUCUAUCCUGGCGCCCUGACCACGACCAGGAGCACAUCCAGCUCUCUUCCAUCUCGGUCAGCACCGUCCACCACGAGGUGAUCGACGAGUUUCGCACUCAGUACCGCCACUGCCCCGACUAUCGCGACAUCCACGCGACCCUUCGGAGUGGCAAGACCGUCCCGAACUACUCUCUCGGGGACAACGGUCUUGUGUACUGGCACGGUUCACAAGGCACCAGAGAGCCCCGUAAUUGUGUUCCCUCCACUGGACAGCUACGUGUCCGAGCAGUAGCAGAGUUGCAUGACCAGGCAGUUGUCGGUCAUAUCGGCUUCCACAAGACGUUGGCUCGUGUGAGCCGCCUGUACGUCUGGCCGAAGCGCAAGGACUUUGUGAAGGACUACGUCGCAGAGUGUCCCACCUGUCAGGAGGUGAACAGUGCGAACCACCUACCUUAUGGUUUGCUCCAGCCUCUUCCUAUCCCUGAGGGUCGUUGGCAGUCCAUCUCGAUGGACUUUAUCCGUCCUCUUCAACCUCCGACCCCCCGCGGUCAUGAUGCUAUCCUGGUCGUCGUCGACCGCUUCACGAAGCGUGCAUGCUUUGUUCCGUGCCGCUAUGCCAUCAGUGCACGUGAGGUCGCCGAAAUCGUAUUUGACYGAGUCGUGCGUGACCACGGCUUACCUCUGAGCAUCAUAUCUGACCGUGACCCGCGCUUURCYARCCGAUUCUGGCGACGGCUCCACGAGGUGUACGGCACUCAGCUCCGCUUCUCCUCGUCUUACCAUCCUCAGACUGAUGGUCAGACCGAGAUCACGAACAGGACUCUCGAGGAUAUUCUCCGAAAGAUUGUUCGUGACGACCAGCAGUGGGAUCUCCAUCUUGCCCACGUGGAGAUAGCCUACAACCACACCGUCUCGCCAGCCACGGGGAUGUCGCCUUACUAUUGCGACCUCGGCUAUCACCCGCGUGUUCCCGCGGACUUCCUUCGACCGUCCCAGAUGCACCCCGACACGAGUUGUCCCGCACUGGAUGAUUGGGUUGCACACAUGACGUCGAUUAUGAAGACCUCACAUGAGCACAUAGUCGCUUCCCAGACUCGCAUGGCAGCACGUGUGGAGCGAUCGAGGAUGGAUCACCCAUUCAAGGUCGGUGAUGAUGUGCUUAUCGACGCCCGCCACUUACAGCUCGAAGCGGACACGCUUCGCAAGUUUCGGCGUCGUUUCUUUGGCCUAUGCCGCAUCCUCCAGGCCGUCGGUUCUGAUACGGCAUCUAGCCCGGUCAGCUUUCGUGUGAAGCUGCCAGACUACCUACGCCAGGCUCGUGUGUAUGAUGUCUACCACGUCUCGUUACUGCGUCCUUAACGCAGACCGUCUGAGCGUUUCGCUGGACGACCGUACGAGCGCCCUCCACCCAU